AAAGUUGCAAACAAACAGGCCCCAAACAGAAUUUCUUUCCGCCAUUCAACUUCCCGCGAACUCAAACCGCACAAUCCGAAUCCCCGAAACCACGCUCCGACGUCGCGCGUGGAUUCCUCAUUCCCUCCAAAUAUAUCAAGGUUCACACUCACAUGAUCCUUCAACAUACAUCCCGCUUUCGAUUCUCGCACUACUGUCCCCCUUUCAAUCCGCACUCGCGGAUUUUAGUAUAGUCGAAAGAUGUGCUUGAAAAACGCGAUCUCGCUCUCGAUUCCGCCCCGCACGCGCACGCCAAUAACGUGACUCAGGUUCCCGCCGUAUCCCUAUCCCCACCCCCAACCGCAGCAACCCCCGGCACCGGUAAAUGACGUCACACAGUUAGGGUGAACGUUAAGGACCUGCGAGGGUGCGCAGGUUAAGACUAUGGAAGUGACCUGAGGUCAGCUUCUCUGUUUCGUGUUUGGAUAGCUGGAAAUUGAACGGGGGAAAUCCUCAAAGAAGUUCUGUUGGAUGCAAUCUGGGAUGGGAAGAAGCCCACAUUCAGUUGGUUUGAGUUUCUGGUUCAAAGAACAUGAACUCUCCAACCACCCAUUUUGUCACCUCAAGAAGGAUGGGCAUAUACGAACCAAUGCACCAGAUUAGCAUGUGGGGAGACUUUGAAGUUAAUGGCUGUCAAAAAACUUCUGCUACUAUGAUUGUGGAGGUGGACACAAAGCUAGACAACCAGUCAGAGGAUACUUCUCAUGAAACACAAGGACAAUUGUACAAGUUUGGCCAAGAGACAAGCAAACGUUCAGAUAAGGCACUUAGACGUCUUGCACAAAACCGGGAGGCCGCUCGCAAAAGCCGUUUGCGGAAAAAGGCUCAUGUUCAGCAGUUAGAAGCAAGUCGUCUGAAAUUAAUACAAUUGGAACAAGAGCUUGAACGAGCUAGGCAUCAGGGUCUGUAUCUAGGUGGUGGUGGAUUGGAUACUAGUCCUAUAGAAUACUCUGGAAGUGUAAACUCAGGUAUUGCCAUAUUUGAGCUGGAGUAUGGACAAUGGGUGGAAAAACACAAGAGACAAAUUUCCGACUUAAGGACCGCUUUGACUUCUCAUAUGCUUGAUAAUGACCUUCUCAUCCUGGUUGAGGGUAGCAUGAACCACUAUGGUGAUCUCUUCCGCAUGAAAGCAACUGCUGCAAAAGCUGAUGUCUUCUAUCUUAUGUCUGGCAUAUGGAAGACAUCUGCUGAACGCUUUUUCCUGUGGAUCGGAGGGUUUCGCCCUUCAGAGCUUCUAAAGGUUCUCGUCCCACAGCUUGACCUAAGAUUGACAGAGGAACAGGUUUUUGAUAUCUGUAACCUUAAACAAUCAUGUCAGCAAGCAGAAGAUGCUCUUUCACAAGGAAUGGAGAAACUUCAGCAAAUUCUGGCUGAAGCUGUAGCAAGUGGUCAACUUGGUGAAGCAAGUUACAUCCCACAGAUGACCAUGGAGAAGUUAGAAGCCCUUGUGAGGUUUGUAAAUCAGGCAGAUCAUCUAAGGCAGGAAACCCUGCAACAAAUGUAUCGCAUCCUAAACACCCGCCAAGCAGCCCGGGGCCUACUUGCCUUGGGAGAGUACAUUCAGCGUCUUCGGGAUCUGAGUUCACUCUGGUCUAAUCAUCAACCUGAACCUUCCUAGUCGUACAGUGGAAGAAGCUAGAUAUUAUCUCCAGCAGAAAUCAUGCUUCAGCAGCAUGUACCUCUUGCUAAACUUCAUUGGAGUGAGGGACAGAAUCCCAGCUGCUGACCUUUUACAAGCAGGCUCCCAUAUUCGAGAAGUACACGUGGAUGACUGUUUUUAUCAAGAGGGUACUAGUUUUUGUUUCCGUGCUUGUACAUUAUUACCUUAUAGUGAGGGGCAGUUUUAGGUUCAUUGGAGUCUCUAUCCAGAAUUUAUCAUGUAAAAUGCCAGUUACAGUGAUUUCUUUGUACUUUGAGUUUUUGUGGUAAUGUAUUCAUGUAAUGCCCUACAUUGAUUUUCAGUGGUUGUAAAUUACAUCAUGGAACAUGCUUCGGAAUGAGGAAUAAGUUAUUGAAUCUCCACAGAAACUUGUGGAGGAUA